AAGCGACCCCAUCGUACAACCCCCAUGGUGUGUUGCAAACUCUGUUUGUGCAUGUAUGUGCGAGCAAGUGAGUGCCUGUGUGUGAGAACUACAGGCUUGGAAUGCAUGUGUUUGGGCUCCUUGCAUGCUGUGAUAACUUAAAAGACAUGGAUGAUGUCAGGGCUCUGUGUGCGGCAGGCGGAGGUGAGGAUCCAAACGCAGGACUCGUAAAACCAGAUUUCAACAGAAAACCACAGUUUUAUUGCUGGCAAAGCACAAAACAUGAACAGAACACAAACACUGAGAACCGGGAACACACAGGCAUGAUCUGAUGGUACGACACGACACCGAGCACGGGAAAACACAGGGCUUAUAUACACAGGGUAGUAGUGAGGGAAUCGGCAACAGGAGGGAGACACAGCUGGGAGAGAUCAGGGCUAACGAGACAGGGGGAACAAAGCUGCAUACACUAACGUAAGACAAAGACUUUCACAAUAAAACAGGAAACAUGAAUCACAACUCAGAGAGACAGACAGAAAAUGACACAUGGAACUGAACUAUACAUGAAACCACAACUCCUAAAACAUGGAUAACAGAAACAUGAAACUCUAAUCAUCAUCAUCGUCAUCGUCAUCACCACAAGAGAAUGAGAAAACAAUCCAAAACACCAAGAUAACUGAAACACAAAGUACCAGAGAAACAAAGAAUAAUCCAUCAUUCAAAAUAUAAACCAAAACAUAAUAAACUCAAAAUACUGGGUCCAACGGACCCAGAACUGUGACAGAUGAUGUUGUCCAUAGUGCAGCAAUAGUGUUUUGCAGUCCUUGUAGUGGAAGGAACGUAACAAAACUACAACAACUUGAAAAUCCUUAUGCAAAAAAGGGGGACCCUGGAUUUGGAUGAAAAGACUGUGAUUGCUGAGGACUACAAGACUGAUGUUCAGAAUGCCCCCUUGAAGACCCAUUUCCAGGAAAUUGUUGACAAUGCAACACUGGACUGUGAGGGUGAAAGAAACAUCUUUCAUGCACCCAAAUUUGUUGCUGGUCUGGUAAAUCACCUUCUACCACAUGCAACUUUGUGGUCAUCAAUGAUGCUCGGGGAUCUUGGACGUCAUGGUACUGGUCCUGCUUACCAGCAGCUCAGUAAACUCUAUGGUGACAUUCAGCAAUCCAAGAAGCAGAAUUUUACACAAGUCAACAGAACCCAAGGAAUCAUGGAGAAAAGCCAGUGGGAUUUGAAAAGAAUCUGUAUCCAGAGAAGGAGACUGACAAGGCUUGAUGACUUUGUGGAAAUUUAUCAAAAAAUGCAUGAUGCCCUCCUGCUUGAAUAUGCAGACAUGAAAAAAUCAAGACAAAAGUCUUUUGGCGUGGAAAUGGAGAAAUGGAAAGACAAAGGCAUUAAACGAAAAGGUGUGUACGUGUCACCGUUAGUGACAGAACUGCCACUGAAGAAAAAGCAAACUGAGAUAAAAGGGAAGACCACUGUUCAAACCUUUAAACAGGAACAGCACAAACAACAUGAUGCUCGUCAAACAUUUUUAGAAAUGUUUUUAAUGUCUACAUUUAUGUUUUGUGUGUUAUUGUCAUAAAUGAUUCUGAAAAUUGACAUGUGUCUAUCUUUGUAGGAUGACAGCCAGGAACAAAU